AUGGACGCAAGAAUAGUGUUGCGGAUCUCCGUUCUGGUUCUCCUGCUCUACAGCGCAGUAACUCAAAAGUGUCCGGCAGGUGGAAGAUCAGAGAGUUCCAUCGUGGGCUGGAUGUUACGGGGACACGUGUAUGACACUCUUUUCGCGGAACUUCCGUUUACGUGCGCAUUCAAGUGUCGCGAAGACAAUCGAUGCCAAAGUUUUAACUGGAUUAUCUCUGUUCUUAUGUGUGAGUUUAACAACCGGACAAAGGAAGCCAGGCCUGAGGACUUCAUUCCAAACCAAGACAGAUCUUACUAUCGACGCGGUUUACAACGAGGUGAGCCAUCAUUAAGUGCCGUGGAUACUAUUAAGUUGGCCGGUUACAGGGAGGCUCCCCCCGAAGGGGUACCUUUGUCAGGCAUCAUAUAUAUGAAAGAGGUAAAAAAAUUUCACUGCCUGAAGUAUAUGAAAGGCUACGAAAGUUAGUCAUCUCUGCAGGCCUAUAAAAUGACCUAAAAGAGCUAACAGAUGCAUUUUCUGAUGGAUGUGAAAAAGCCGACGGGAAAUGUUUAAACGACAGAGCAUUUACGGCAGUUAAGAGGGAUGCAAAAUUACCGUAAAAUCCCACGUUAUGCUACCCAGAGGACUGUUUCUUGAAGUUUUUUGACUUUUGUCCUGUUCCGUUCCAGUUGUUCAAGUGUUUUAUAGAUGUUUGUGAAAUACAUUCUCCAUUUAUUGCGAUAAAUUUAUAAUGGAAUGUUUGCUUUAAUUCGGUUCAGACAUGUUUUAUUCCGUCGUUCCGAACAUUAUUUUUCGCUUAUACCAACCCCCCCGCCUACACUCGUUUAUAAGCCCACCCAAAACCCUUUAUGAAGGGAUUUUACGGUAGUUCUGAACUACGUAUGUUCAAUAGGAAACAUUCGUGAAUCAAAGGUAUCCGAAAGGGGUACCUUUCUGGUCAAAAACGUUGUAUAAAAAAGUAAGGCGUUGGACCUCGGCGCGGAACCUCCCUGUAUAAAACUUUGUUGAGUAGCGCCCCGUGCAUAAAGUAAAACCAUGCAGCGGUAAAGUCACACUGGUAAUGAAGAAUUGUUUUUUUAACCUUUCAGUUCCCCUUGGUUCGAUUCAAGAACUACCAGCUGAGACUUGUGACGAAAUAAAGAGGAGUGAAGGGCACGCUGUCAGCGGGAAAUACUGGUUUUCCACUAUAAAAUCUGGUACAUCUGUUCUGGCUUAUUGUAAUAUGGAGACCAACGGUGAGUUUAGUCAGUUAUAUAAUCGGCGACUGCCGUUCAGCUGAUUGUGCCCUCUGAUGAUUUAAUUUAUUAUUAUUAGACGACUGACGUAAGUGUUUCAUAUUUAGUCGCAGAUGCGGCGACUGAUGAAAAAUUAACCGGUAGAUUUAAACUGAUAAGACAGGGAGAAAAAAAGAGACAUUUUAAGCGGGAAAAGACUCAUGUUACGAAAGAAUGAGUACUCCUCGCGUCACAUGUUAGGGCCUGAGUAAAUGCCCUUCAAUAAUUUUUUCACCAAUCAAUAUGUUUGUUCUAGACAUUGACGAAUGCGGUGCUUCUUCUCCUGUAUGUGACAUCAAUGCCAACUGCUCCAAUACUCGUGGAUCGUAUAUCUGUACCUGCAGGGCAGGAUAUACAGGCGAUGGAAAAACUUGCCAAGGUAGGAUAAAAGCCGAUUUUCUGUGAUAACAACGAAGAUGGCAGAUUCCCAGGGACUUGUGACGACCAGUAAAUUUCGGCAAUCAGUCAAAUCCAGUCCGUUUAAUUACGGGCAGUGCAUGACAUCAUGCCUCGGGUCAUACUUUUGUUAUUAGAAACUUUUUGGAUAAAUGUAAGUGUAUAAAAAUUCUUUAAAACGCUCCUCAAGAAUUAAAACGUUUGAAGUCCGUUAUUUAACCGGGAAAAGUAAUGCUGUAAUUACUUAGUAGCCCACCUAGCCCAGCAGAGAAGGAAAAACAAAUUUAUGAAACGACAGCCAUGUUACGAGGGAAUGCGCACUCCUUGCGUCACAUGUUAGGGCCUGAGUUAAUGCCCUUCAAUGAUUUUUUCACCAAUCAAUAUGUUUGUUGUUCUAGAUAUUGACGAAUGCAGUGCUUCUUCUCCUGUAUGUGACAUCAAUGCCAACUGCUCCAAUACUCGUGGAUCGUAUAUCUGUACCUGUAGGGCGGGAUAUACAGGCGAUGGAAAAACGUGCCAAGGUAAGAUAAAGGUCGAUUUUCUGUGAUAACAACGAAGAUGGCAGAUUCCCAGGGACUUGUGUGACGACCAGUAAAAAUCGGUAAUCCAUCGAAUCCAGUCCGUUUAUAUACGGGCAGUUCAUGACAUCAUGCCUCGGGUUAUACUUCGGUUAUGAAAUUCUUUUGGAUAGCCUGAGAAAACAGCCGAUAUUUGACGACGCUACCACUGGUUUCCCCGCCAAAUGACGUGUGAGGAACGAGCGCAGGUAUUCGAUACUGAUCACGCGUUCCUGCCCAGAUCUGGGUAGUACUUCUGAUUGGUUGUGCAGCGUGGGAAAUUUGAUUCAACCAGUCAGAAGCACUCCCCGGAUCUCAUGGGUAGAGACGCGUCAUAUGUAUGGAAUUUGUGCGAUCGUUUCUCAGACUUCAUUUGGCGGGGGAAACCGGUGGUAGCGUCUCCAAAUGUAGUUUGUUUUCUCAGGCUACUUUUUGGGUAAAUGUAAGUGUAAACAAAUUUUUAAAAAGGCCGCGCAAGAAUUAAAACAUUUGAAUUCCUUUAUUUAACCGCAAAAAAGUAAUGCUGUAAAUUACUUAGUAGCCCGCGUAGCCCAGCAGAAAAAAAAAAAAAUAUGAAGAAGCACCAACCGGGAGAUUUAAACUGAGAAUAAGACACGGAGAAAAAAAGACAAAUUUUACAGUCAAACCAAGUCAAGCGUUCCCGUCGCUAACGAACUAAUGAAUUCAUUCACGGAAAAAUGAUUUCGUUUGUUGAUUCAAUAAUCCAUUCAUAAAAUGAACAAUCCAAUAGUCAUAUUUAGCCUCGAUUCCAUAAUCGAAUGUUGAUUCGAUUACUGUUUUUUGGAAAAAUUACACUUUCCACAAGUUGAACUCAGAAUUUUGUUUUUUCUGAGAGUCGAGUGCUGGCGAGUUCUGAAGUUCAAACCCAAACAAACUGUUACAUUUACGCCAGUUUUCUGCCAUUAAUCAGUGCAACAGAUCUAGGCCUGACCUCUUAGAAACACGACGGUCAAACUGAGGUCAGUGUAUGUGCGGUGAUUGGUGGAUUUCGAUCCUCGGCCUUUGUCAGUUUCUUUGCGUUUGCGGUCUGUCUAUUCUAGCUGUUAUUUUGAUUAAAGGCAAUGAAAAACGCAAUCGUAAACGGCAGGAAAAGGGAAGCAAAUACGACUGAACACAACAGACAAGAAUAAAGAACAGGUAGAUUUUGUUCAUAAACCAAAUCAACAUUUGAUUAUUGAAUCGAGGUACAAUUUGACCGUUGGAUUAUUCAUUUUAUGAAUGGAUUAUUGAAUCAACAAACGAAAUCAUUUUUCCAUUAAUGAAUUCAUUAGUUUGUUAGCGACGGAAACGCUUGACCUGGUUUGACUGUAAGGGAAAAAAGACUUCUGUCACGGAGGAAUGAAUGCUGCUCGCGUCACAUGUUAGGGCCUUAGGUAAUGCCCUUCAAUAAUUUUUUCAUCAAUCAAUAUGUUUGCUGUUCUAGAUAUUGACGAAUGCGGUGCUUCUACACCUGUGUGUGACAUCAAUGCCAACUGCUCCAAUACUCGUGGAUCGUAUAUCUGUACCUGCAGGGCAGGAUAUACAGGCGAUGGAAAAACUUGCCAAGGUAGGAUAAAAGCCGAUUUUCUGUGAUAACAACGAAGAUGGCAGAUUCCCAGGGACUUGUGACGACCAGUAAAUUUCGGCAAUCAGUCAAAUCCAGUCCGUUUAAUUACGGGCAGUGCAUGACAUCAUGCCUCGGGUCAUACUUUUGUUAUUAGAAACUUUUUGGAUAAAUGUAAGUGUAUAAAAAUUCUUUAAACGUCUGCUCAAGAAUUAAACGUUUGAAGUCCGUUAUUCAACCGGGAAAAGUAUUGCUGUAAUUACUUAGUAGCCCACCUAGCCCAGUAGAAAAGGAAAAAGAAAUUCAUGAAACGACAGCCAUGUCACGAAGGAAUGCGCACUCCUUGCGUCACAUGUUAGGGCCUGAAUUAAUGCCCUUCAAUGAUUUUUUCACCAAUCAAUAUGUUUUUUGUUCUAGAUAUUGACGAAUGCAGUGCUUCUUCUCUUGUAUGUGACAUCAAUGCCAACUGCUCCAAUACUCGUGGAUCGUAUAUCUGUACCUGUAGGGCGGGAUAUACAGGCGAUGGAAAAACGUGCCAAGGUAAGAUAAAGGUCGAUUUUCUGUGA